UUCUGAUGUCAGACGUCUGAUCCCACAGGUCUUAUUUCAGAUGUCUGAUGUCUGACAUCUCAGGUCAGAUAUCUGUCAGACGUCUGAUGUUAGAGGUCUGAUGUAAGAUGUGUGUUGUGGGACGUUUGAUGUGCGAUGUGUUAUGUCUGAUAUAUGAUUUGUGAUGUUUGGUGUUAAUUGUCUGAAAUCAGACGUCUGGUGUCUGUUGUUUAAUGUCUGACGUCAGACAUCUGAUGUAAGUUGUCCAAUAUCUAUACGAUUUAUUAUGUCUUUUGUCUCAUGUCAGACGUCUGAGCUCAGAGGUCAGACGUGUGACGUCUCACGUUUGAUUUCAGACUUCUGAUGUCAGACGUCUGAUGUUAGACGUCUGAUAUCAGAUGCCUGUUGUCAGACGUUUGAUUUGAGACGUGGGAUGUCAGACGUCUGAUGUCUGACAUCUGAGGUCUGACGUCUGAUGUCACACGUCUGAUUUAAGACGUCUCAUGUCAGAUGUGGGAUGUCAGACGCCUGAUGUCUUAUGUCUGAUGUCUAGUGUCUCACCGCUGAUGUCUUAUGUCUGAUUUCUUAUGUCUUAUGACUUAUGGCUGUUGUCUGAUGUCCUGUGUUUGAUGUCUCAUGUCUGAUGUCUUAUGUCUGAUUUCUUAUGUCUUCUGACUUAUGACUGAUGUCCUGUGUUUGAUGUCUCAUGUCUGAUGUCUGAUGUCGUAUGUCUAAUGUCUUAUGUCUGAUUUCUUAUGUCUCAUGACUUAUGGCUGAUGUCUGAUGUCCUGUGUUUGAUGUCUUAUGUCUGAGUUCUUAUGUCUUAUGACUUAUGACUGAUGUCUGAUGUCCUGUGUCUGAUGUCUUAUGUCUGAUUUCUUAUGUCUUAUGACUUAUGACUCAUGUCUGACGUCCUGUGUUUGAUGUCUCAUGUCUUAUGUCCCAUGUCUUAUGUCUGAUUUCUUAUGUCAUGACUUAUGGCUGAUGUCUGAUGUCCUGUGUCUGAUGUCUUAUGUCUGAUUUCUUAUGUCUUAUGACUUAUGGCUCAUGUCUGAUGUCCUGUGUUUGAUGUCUCAUGUCUUAUGUCUGAUUUCUUAUGUCAUGACUUAUGGCUGAUGUCUGAUGUCCUGUGUCUGAUGUCUUAUGUCUGAUUUCUAAUGUCUUAUGACUUAUGGCUGAUGUCUGAUGUCCUGUGUCUGAUGUCUUAUGUCUGAUGUCUUUUGUCUUAAGGCUAAUGUCUUAUGUCUGAUUUCUAAUGUCUUAUGACUUAUGGCUAAUGUCUGAUGUCCUGUGUUUGAUGUCUCGUGUCUUAUGUCUGAUGUCGUAUGUCUGAUGUCUGAUGUCUUAUCUCUUAUGUCUUAUGACUGUGAUUGCAGGUGAGCACACAGCAAGGUGAAAUGGACAGUAAGUUUGUAGCAAUGAAAAGAACUAUUGCCCUUCUGGAAAAGUAUAAUCAGAAACUUCCGGAAUUGACUCAGAAGUUCUACACUGCAGCUCCACAAAGGUGUGUAGUUACUUAGUAUGUGAAAUCAAAUGGUGACGAGUGAAAUUAGGGAAUAAUUUCUCGCGCAGUUCGUCGAAAAGACUCGGGAAAUUGUUAGGAUUCGGUUAAAAUGCAAGUGAAAUUAUUCCCUAAUUUCACGAGUAUACCAUUUGAUUACCUACAAAUAUCAUGGGUGACGAAUUACGUUAGCUUUCUAGGAUUUUUGGCAUGUUUAUCCUGGAGCGUAUCGAUCGGGAACUCCACUCUCUCAAACGUUUAGAGCUUUAAUUUGUCUUCGUCACCUAUGAUAUUAACUUUCUAACUCUUUGUCCCAGUAGUUCAUUACAUCAUAGUUCAACAAAAACCCCAAAUCCCAUGGAAUUAUGAAAUGCAAAAACUAAGACACAUCAUGUACUUUCGUGCAACGUUCCGCCAACGAGGUCUUUUGAGGACUUCGUCCUUGUACUUAAAAGUUCAGUCUAUCGUGUGUCUGCAUAAGGGACGACGCAUUACCUUGGGGGAGGGGUUGGAAUGUUUCUUCAAGCGUGCAAAUGUAAUAUAUUUUUUCUACAAUACUACGCCAUUUAGUAUCCUUUGCAUUGUAACGGCGUGCCCUUCCAUAAUAUUUAUUUAAAUGUUCUCAAAACAUAGCCAAGAAAAGUCUUUAAGGUGUCAGAAGCCUUAAAUAGGCUUCUGAAGAUGGCUGACAGUCAUCGAAACUGUCAGCAUCAUUAAGACUUUUCUUGGCUAUGUUUUGAGAACAUUUAAAUAAAAUUAACUUUACUAGCCUGAUGAAUUUCUUCAAGAAGAUGUAAUGUCUUAAUUUCUACUAUUUGAUUGUACGACAAGGCUGUAAAAGUUGCUGUUAUUGUUGUUUUUUCAUCAGGUGGAACAAUUUGAAAAUGAAAGUAAAUCAAGCUAAACAACGACUUGGGCCCAGAAUACAGGCUGAAGCCUCUAGUGUUACUGAGGUAAAUUUUUACAGGAUGAGUUCAGGAGAGUUCGCCAGGCAGCACCUUGUUCUGUAAUUUGUGCCUGUAAUUUAAUAUUAGAGGUCCAUUUCUGGUUAACUUCAUUGACUUCCGAUUUACUCACAAACGUGUUAGCCUAUCGUUUUAGCAUUAAAUUUGACCAACAUUUUGUGGAGCGAUUUCUACGGUCACGAUUGCCUUCAAACUUGCAGACAUAAAACUAGAGAACUCUGAGGCUUAUUUGCUGAAGUUAGGGAAAAAUCUGUCGUGGGAUUUCGAAGUUAUUUUCGGUUUUCGUAAAAAUGAGGCUUUAUAUGCCGAUAUCUUAAAAGUUUUUAAACCUAUAAGAAAAUAAAUAACACUUUCUUAAAGUUCCAUCAUUAUUUAUUAAGGGUGCAAAAAAUCGUAGAAAUCGGUUGAAUCUUUCAAUCUGAAAAACGCGAAUCAAAAACAUAACCAAAACGCAUAUAAAUAGGAACGGGCCACCUUAAUAGUACCGAAUAAGAACAAUUUAAAGACUUGUCGUUUUCCAAAAUAACCAUGGGUAGUUUAUCAUUUGAUUUUAUUGUUUAAUUGUAGUAUUUUUUUACUGUGUUCUUGUAAAGUGCCACGAAUAACUUGUGGAUGUAUUCACUUUAUACACGUUUUAUUAUUGUUAUUAUCAUUGCAAAACUAAGACGAUUGCCUUCCUCCUUUCUACUCACGCAACAAAAAUAAUAGUAUGGAUUGUUUAUCUCGUUUUGUAGGAACUCAAGGCCUUUGGUGAUCGCUGCGAGUCUCUAGCUCGAGAAUUUGCUGAUUCAGAGGCGUUCAAUAGAAAGUGUGCUAUUUACUCUGCGUUCACGAUAAUGGAUACAUUUAGCAGACGACUUGAAAGCAUGGAGAGUGAGGCACAGGUAAGACUAAAGGUCUUUUGGUCUCUUCAGGAGUCUGUCAGAAGUAGAAAACUAAAUGGAUCUAUUAACACAGUCGUGCGAAGACAUAAACUUCGGAUUAAACCACGAGAACAGAAAGCAAUUAUUUGGUUUGUUUGUUGGGGUAGUAAAGUGAUAUGUCUGACUGUAAAGUCCAUUUUCUAUUUCGCUUCUUUACUUAGCUUUCUCCAUUUUACACUAAAUGAUUAUCUAUCCUGUAUAAUUGGAACUAGCAUUAUCAAUUCUGGUUACAUUAUUGUCUGUUGUCAGGAAUAGUUCUGAGUCGCUAUUGGUUGUUGUUUUAAACGUAGUUAAUGCAGCUGGGUUGUUCUCUCCCGUAGAAUGCGCCGAUUCAGUUUUAUUUUUGGAUGAAAGACAAAUAAUAAUAAAUAGGACGCAAUAAAACGGAGACUGCUCAAUUUAGGUUAUACAAGCUUCUUUGAUUGAGGCAAAAGCUCCGAAUUUAAAUCCGAAUUUUGUUACCUCAUUUCAUUUUACAGGACCUGAUUGAGCUUCAAGAACUGUUUGAAAAGGCUGUUGUGAACUUCUCUGUACUCCCUCGGUAUGUGGAAUGUAAAUUUUUUGCCCUUUCACUGCCCAAUUUAGCCAAAAGCAAAUUUCGACCAAAUUUCCAAAUUUCAUGUUGUGAAAUUUUGAACAAAAUAGCACCAUUUGCAAGUACAGGCAGAGAGCUUUCAUUUGAAUGGUCACAUCAUAGGAUUUCGUCCACAGACUCAAAAGUUAGAGUCACCUUACAAAACUCCAUCAAACACUCUGGCAGUGAAAGGGUUAAGAACUGAUCGUAGCUUUUCAAAAUAAACAACGUGUUUAUUGUUCCUGCAAAACGGGCAGGGUGUUGAAUGUGUUAUAACGAAAAAAAGUUGAUGCCUUCAGUGUUUGUCCUCGUGAUGAAAUGAAGUUCGUUGCAAUCACAGUCAUUUCUGUCAGUAGAGGCUAAAUGAUAGGCAGUUUCGCCUGUGUGGAUAUCGGUAAAUUACCGGUUUUUGUCAUCCGUAAAUACCGGUUGCCUGGCUCUUACCUCGAGGAAACUUUUAGCCUACUAACGGGGUGCAUGAACCUAUAAUGACAUUUCCGCAUUUAUGCAAACUUGGCUCCUCUUUAUUGUGAACAAAUGAAAACACGUUCCCUCACCCGUACCUGCUAGCGGAAACGUUAUGUUAAUUUUUCAACAGCCUUCGUUCAGACCUGGAAUGUUUACGUGAGGUUUGGAACACGUGGCGUGCAGUCCAGGAACAACAUACUGAAUGGAAACGUGGGCGGUGGCAGCGAAUCAACACCAAGCUUAUGAAAAAGGCUACUGAAGCCCAGAUUGACGUGGUUACAGCUCUUCCCUUUGAAUGUCACGAGUGGGACGUGUUUGUAGGGAUGCACCACGCUAUACUGGACAUUCAGGUGAGUUUUGUUAAUCGGGAGGUGGUUCCUAUCAGUGUAGAAAUAAGCGUAGUUUCUUGGUCAGUUGCGGACGGGUGAAAUCAGCGAACGAUGUAAUACAAACGACUGGACAGGCACGGAACAACACAAACCAAACUAACAAUAGCUACCACAGCACCAAGAUACACCCGAUAGAGGGCAACCCAAACCUACAUCUUCGGCGACAAAAUUAGUUCACACACUUCGCCCUAAAGAGUCUUUCUGACGUUUUACUGACUUCAAAAGGGGAACAUAAAGCUUUUCCUCGCCCACCCUCUCCAUGCAAUGUUGUGCCGCUCUUCGAGGUACCUAUAGAAAACAACAAACAACUCAGCAUUGAAGGGAGGUGAGGGGGGAGGGGUGUGGAUUCUUUUGUUCUCUGAAGUUACACUAUUUGAGUACAAUUUUGUUGCCAAAUGUAGAUUGUCAUAAUGACAUAGUGGAGUGUCUUUAUCAGACCAGUAUAUAGAAAAGGCCACUGAGUGAGGCGUUUUCAAAAUAAAUGUUACUUAAGAUAAAAUGUUGCAGAAAGGAGUACGCACAACACGUCAAUUAGAGUUUACGAUUUAUCCUGGUAGUUAUUUGGCCGUUUUCUAAUAGUUUGGAAUAUAGUGUUUUUUGGUUCCUUUGAGGUUUGCUCAUUAGUUGAACCUCUUCACAGCGGCCACCUUGAAGACAAACUUAAGUGGCCCCUGUAGACAGGUUCAAAACUAUAGUGAAUGUAUUUAUUUUAUUCAUUUAUCUUGUAUAGGCGUGUCUACCUAUAAUUGACGAUUUAAGCCGCUCUGCUAUGCGACCUCGCCACUGGAAGCAACUGCUGCGAGUGACUGGGGGAGCAAUACAAAUUAGCAAUGAGGGGUUAACCAGAAUGACUUUAGGACAACUGUUAGAUCUUGGAUUACACAGUAAGUACUCUUGUAAUGAAUAUAUUAUUGUUUUUGCACAGUGCAAGACUUAAUUUUUCAAACACUUCGAAAACUGUCUUAUCUAGACACUGAGAAGUGGGUCGCCAUAACGAGGUGCAGCCAAUUUUUUGAGACCUACUUCAUCUGUUUUGUGUUUAUCUGGUCAAAAAUUGAAAUGUUUUUUAGGGGGUGGGGGAUAUAGCCUGUAAUAUGAUUAAUGAUUGUUGUUAUGGGUUCUUUGUGCUGUUUUGCUAUUCGUAAUCCACAUGUGAGCUUUGUAUUCUUGAGUUGUUAAAGGUGACUUUUCCAACCAAACAUUUUUUAAGAUAUGUGCUUUUUGAAUGUCUUUUCUGCUAAUCGAUUAAUAAACUCAGCUCAAAACGCAUGAAUAUAGUCUCAAAAUUCUAUGAUGUAAUCAUAGAAACCUCUAACGGUGCUUGUGAAUAGUUCCUUUAUUUGUAGCAGUAAUGUUAUGAAAACUGAAUUUCUUUGAUAGUGAAAGUAUUAGCUGAUUGGCUUACUGACUUAUGUCCCUCUUAACAGACCAUGCAGAAGAGGUACGGGCCAUAAUUCAAAGGGCCGCAAAGGACGUGGCCAUUGAGAGCUCACUCAAGACCUACGAGGAAGUCUGGCUCAGCAAGAUCUUUGAACUAAGGGCGCAUACUCGAAUGAAGGGCCCUUCAUCAGCGGCUGCAGCUACUCAAGAUGUAAAUAUUGCGUUUGAAUGCUUCUUAGGAGUUAUAACUUAAUUCUCUUACUGACGCAGUACGUUUCUUCAUUCUUGUUGUAAAAAUUGGUCUGUAGAUAAUCGGAAACCUUUACUGUGGAAAAGAGUUGGGGUAUCUUUCGGGGCUGCUUUCCCCCCCCCCCCCCCCCCCCCUUUAAUGUUGUUGUGGCUAUUGUAUUGCUGAAUUAGUGAACAAAAUGGCUAUUUUAGAAGUCAAAAUUAUGGCAUUUGCACUUUCGUCCUUUAUAAUACACAUCUGGCUCCAGUGGCCAUACUUACGAAGUGAAUUAUAGUGGGAAUAUUAGCAGGACUGCUCUGCAACUGCUACCACGACCUCCACCACUACUUGAAACAUUACCACGACGACGAUGACGAUUCUUUCCAUGAUGGCCACUUUAGCCAUGGGGACCAUAACAGCCAAAGUGGUGGUAGUGACCACAAUGGCCACAUUGGCCACAGUGACAACAAUGGCCAGAAUGACCAACGUGAUCAUGAUGGCUACAACAACAACAGCAGCCUUGAUGACAGUGGUGGGCACAGCUGUUCAGAUGACCACAGUGACAAGAGUGACCACAGUGUUGACAAUGAUCAUGAUGGCCAUGGUGAUCACAGUGGCCGCAAUGACCAGUGUCCAUGAUGGUGACUCUGGCCACAGAGUCCACUAAAACUACAGUGACAGUGGUGGCCACAGUGAGCACACCGGCAGCAAUGAUUACGUGUAUUUUAUUUGGAAAAGAUAAUAAACAGUUUUCAGGGUUAAAUUAACUUUUUUCUGGCGAUAACAAAGUACAAAACUCUAACCAACAAGGGCUCACUGUAGUUACACCUAUAAACACUCUGCUUUUUCAUCUUUCUGUAGACACCUGGUAGUGAGUUUGGAAAUGACUCGGAGAUGAACAUGCAUGGACCCCGUGGCUUAUCCAGUCGAGUAUCGGUGACUAGUCACGGCAGUGGAGGUGGCUACAGCAUCAAGGAUGGGGCUGGUGGUGGCCUAAAAACAAGGAAAACGUCUGCGGCUGGGUCUGCUACUUUCUCGCAUUCCCUUGUGAAUUUGACCCAGGUAACAAUCCUCACCUUUUCCUUUCCUUCUUUGACUUAAUCAUUUCUCUACAUCUUAUCACCUUGGCCCAGUUUUUCGAAAGGUGCAUGACAUUCUUUAGUGGAUAACGCUUUUGUUUUCCCUAAUACUUAUUUGCUGAAUAGUGAUUUAUUUAGUGGGUAGUGCUAUCCAGCGUUUGAACAACCGGGGCCUGUAGUGUCAUUCCCCUUAUUUUCAAAAAUCCUGUUCCUCCAUGUCAUCCUCAUCGGUAUCUUGAUCACCAUCGUCAAAAAAAAAUUUCUUUAAGGUCAGGGAAAAUUCAGAGAAUUUCACUGUAAGUCAGGGAAAAGUGAAAUUUUAACAGCACAUAUUAAUUCCCUUCCCUCCACUUUUAUUGUCUCUAACAUUUAAAAUUAUUUUGAACAUUUUACAGACAUGAAUCGUGUUGUAUUGGUAGAACAUUGCUCAUGAAAUUGAACGACAAGCCUAUGCUGGGUUUUCAAGAAAAUCAAUCCUUUUUGCAUCCUUUUUAAGAAACUAUAAAUUUAUAUAUGCUGCAUGUGACUUUCUGAAAGCAUAAAUAAAUGGGUGGAGAGGAUGGCUGUGAGGGAAGGGUGAAGUCCGUUAUCGCGACUUAUUUGUGAAAUUGUUAUUUCAGUUGGUCAGGGAAAUUCUAAAUUUGUCAGGAAAAAGUCGGGGAAUUUCAGAAAUCUCUGGCUGUAGCAACCAUGAUCAUUAUCGCAAUCGUGGGCAUCAGCAGCAUCCUCGUCUCCAGAGCGUCAUAAUCUUGAUCAUCAUGUUUCUUGUCGUCCUGAUUCCAAGUUGUGUAGUUGUCCCUGUUCUCCCCGUCCGUUAGCGUGUCCUCACUUCGUCUUCUCUUUCCUUAUUCUUCUCUUCUUACUCUUUCUGUAGGAUACCGGGCCAAUAUGUUUGCUGGAUAAAUGUGAGCCAAUCUUUGAAGAGCUUGAGGAUCAUCAGGUACUGUUCUUUUGUAUAUCAGUGUUAAUUGUUUGUUGCUAUUUUUCAUUAGAACAAUUCUGUUGCAUACAAAGAUCACUUACUUAAGUACUAGAGAGCCUUAAGCCACAUUAUAGUUAUUAAAAGUGUAUAGUGGAUUUUACAAGUCGUAGCCUCGGAAUUCGACCUUCGAUUUCCUUCCCAUGCUGAAUAUACCUUUCUGGAAGAAAUCUCAAUAUGUGACUGUGUUGAUUUACACCUGUUGGUAGGUGUUUCUUUUGCUUUAUGGUUGACUUCAUUAGCAAAAUUAUCGCAAAAUCGAUUUAACCUUGUCUGUACUACCAAAGGAGAUAUAUCCCCUAGGAGGCGAAGGACUUUCCUAAUCCCCCACCUCAAAAGAAAAACUUAUCCACCUUACUUUUUAAGAGGUUAUUAUAAACGUUUUUUUUCGGCAGGUUUCAUUACAGAGCAUGCUCACUGGUAGUGCCGCUGGCUCCUUUGCUGAUGACAUCAUGAAAUGGCAAAAGAGGCUGCAGACAAUUGAGUCAGUGCUGAGUGUGUGGCUUGAAGUGCAAGAGAAGUGGAUAGAGUUAGAAGAUGUAAGUUAAGUGUGUGAGGGGCAGUUUACCGCCAGAACAAUUUUAAGUUUCAAGAGAAGUGGAUAGGGUUGGAAGAUGUAAGUGUAGAGUGUGAAGCGCUGGUCAAAAGUUCGCAACAUUAGUUCCUACAACAUCCUCUCAGAAACAAAACUAAACAAAAGCUUAUUUUAUCUUAGAGGGAAGUACUUGGCAGUUUCAUGAAACGAUUAAGUUACGCCCGUUUAAGUCAUCUUAAUCUAAUUAGAGCCUUUUUCCAGAUCGUUUAGCAAUUUAGACAUGUCAGUUUUUGGGUAGAGGGGAAAAUGACGGCGUCCUUAGAAAAACCUCUUGGAUUAGAGAAGACAACCAAAAGCAACCUCAACCCACAUAUGACAUCAACUCUGGCGAGUGCUGUAUCACUGCUCCAUUCCUGCUCCCCAAAGUUUUCUCUUAAGACUUGUUGAGAGUUGUUGCUGGGAUUGUUCGUCAUUCGUCCUUAAUUUAGAGGGCUUUGAACUCGUUUAAAUUAUAUUACAGCGUGUUCUGAAAAUGAUGAGCUUUUCGAACCGUUUUCACUCGCCCUUAUGUCGCGCAAAUACAGUGUAUUUAAUUUUUGCGAUGAUGAACAUGGUAGCUUUUCGUGCUUGCUCAAAAAAAAUGUGCGUUUACCUUCUUCUUAGAACUGUCUUUAACCAGGGGCUUACGUUACGAUAUUGUCGAUGAUUUGGUUGUUUGUAAUGGUCACUGUGGCUGCGUAGAGGGUUUUUAACAUCCCACAGAAUUUAUGUACAUGGGUUGCGAGAUUGGGCCUACGGUGUAUCGUCCUUACCUGUGAAAUCAUUGACAGGUCUCCUUAUUUUCACUCAUGCAGGUGUUUUCCAGUCUAGACCUUCGUAUUGCCAUGCCUCAUGAAACAAACCUGUUUUCCACCGUGAAUCGUGACUUCAGGAUUUUGAUGAAGGUUACAGAAAAGAAUCCUAACGUCCUACAGGCCUGUUCAAGGAUAAGUAAGUCUAAUGUUAGAAACAUUACAACUGAUUUGAUCUGUUUUUGUGUUGGGCUGUCUUGUUUAUUUUAAUCGCUACAGUUCGUCAUAUUAUGGAAAUUUUUUGACCUUUUAAGCCCCAAUAUCCACAUACAAAUUGGCCAGAGUGAUCUCCGUACAUUUCCAUAAAGACUUCUUUGAGACAAUUUGAUAAAAAAAAGGUAGACGAGAAAAUUGCAAAAAUUGAUGUACAGUAUAAUUUACACCAGGCCCAUAGUCCAGUUAUUCCUCUCUGUCACGCAACGUUAUGCUCUUACGCUCUCGGUAACAAAAUGGUGAGCUUUUCUAAUGGGACGGCAGAUAGGAGAGGACGGUUAAACGUUUGUGCCCGACAAACGUGACAGGGCUAUUACUUGCGAGUUUUGUCGUGAAGAAAAAUGUAUUCAAACACGUUAUUGUCAUGCUUGUCACAAGCUUUGCCGUCUUCGUUCUCCGUUGUCCUUUUGCGUGAGUUUACAAUGCCUUCUUUUGCUUGCCAGACAUCCAAGCUAAGCUGGAAAAGCUGAACAUGAACCUUCAACAGUGUUGGAAAUCUCUUUUGAAUCACUUGGAAAGAAGGCGUCAGAAAUUUCCACGCUUCUACUUCCUCUCCACAGAAGAUGUACUUCAUGUUGUGUGCAAUGGUAUGUCACUACUCCGGAAAGUAGACACUUUGUUACCUGGUUCUGCUGAGCCUAGUUUGUUUUUUCAGUUGCCGACUUGAAUGUGCUGUCAUCCAUGCAAUCCUGGGUGUUACAAAUUACGUUUACAUACGUAUUAAAAGUCGGUAAAAAUAUCACGACAGUUCUUGCAUAGACUUUUUAUGUCCUUUUUUAACCGUAUAGUUUAAUCAUAGAUGCGCACGGCACUUCACAUCCCUGAUGUUCUGUAUAAUCUCUCUAUCGACCGUUGCAGGAUUAACUCAGUCGGUAGAGCGCUUGACUACUGAGCGAGUGGUCGAGGGUUUGAUUCCAGGGGCCGGACCAAUACUCAGGGUCUUAAAAUAACUGAGAAAUGAAGGUAUUCCCUUUGCUCUGCAAGCGGCUAAGCCUUCACAUGGCUCGGAUGACCACGUAAAAUGGCGGUCCCGUCUCCAGUUGAAGACCUAAAAAUAGUGUCCCCAAUCAGUACUUUCAUGCUAAAUACCUUGACACUCAAAUAAAGUGCAUAAUUAUUAUAUGUCGUGGUUCCUUUGGAGGGGACAUUGCUUCUGGGUCAAAAUGUCUGAAAGUUCUUAUUUUGUUCUUUAUUUGAACUUAAACUGCGUAGUGCAUCUGCCUUCUUUGCCGAUUCACGACUUCUUUAUUUUCCUUUUUUUAGGAUAUGACCCAGCUCUUGUAAAUCCGUUUUUACCGAAAGUUCUUGAAAAUCUUGGGGCAGUUGUCUACGAUGAAAUUGACAAUGAAGGCCAGACAUGUUUUAGCAUUAAUUCUGUUGUAAGCUCAUACGGGGAGCAGCUUAUGCUAAAGCAGGUAAAGACUUGAAUUAUUGUGCAUUCACAAGUAACAUUUAUAGAAACAAUACAGUUCUAAAGUAAAGUGUACAUUGUAUGUCACUACAGCCAGUUUCAAAGUCGCAAUCUGAGAGGUUGAUCGAGCAAACCUUGCCUUUUAUCAAAUACCACCUGGUAAAUUCAGUUGGUAGAACGCUGGACUAGGGAGUGGAUGAUCGCUGGCUCAAACCUGAUGCAGACCACCAACUGAGGCCUACAAUUAGUGGUAAAAUCAUGCUCGCUGCGAUCAAGUCCUUGUGUGCAUUCAGGUGAAUGCGUCAUUGGGUUGUGACAUUAAUCCAUUCACCUCGUUUUCUUCCAAAUUUCUUAUCAAUUCGAAGAGUGCACACUCCUGUUUGAAAGCGUAGUACGUAGACUCUGGUGAUAAGGUUACCUGUCCUGUAUUGCAGUUUGAAGUGGUGAACUUUCCAUACCUGGCAAAGCUAUUGAAUUUAAAUAAAUGAAGGGUUUUAUUUAACAUUACCAUGUUAUAUAUCGAUUUUACUAGAAAUCAUCUUGCCCAGCUUUAAUUAAAGACAAUGACAGAUGUAGGGGUGAAAGUUUCAUGCCGAUCUGAAAUGGGGAAGACGGCUUAACCACUUGAAAAAUGUCUCUGAUUCUCUGAAAACUGGUGCGUAUCAGAUAUACCAUUCAUUUGAUUUGUUUUAUGUUUAUACUCGUAAUUCACUUUACUUUUCAGCCCCUACUGUGUGAGGGUCCAAUAGACAGCUGGCUUCCUUCUUUGAUCAACAAUUUGAAACAAACCCUCGCAGAUCAGCUGGCAUCAGUGCUUAACCCCACACAGCCGGAAAGAAACCCCACUCCACAUGGUGAGGGCGUUGGAGAGCCCCCACGCACUGCUGGAAGCAUGGGUAGAGUGGAAAAAUCCUUCACUCUGGACAACUGCUCUGAAGUGAUUCUGCUGGCAACGCAGAUUGAACUAAGCAAAAAGAUUGACAAAUCAAUCAAACAGGUGUUUAAUUAGUUUUUUUUUUCACGUUGUGCAUGUCAUACAAGGGAUUUAGUCACUUGAAGCUUGGCUUUAUAGUCAGAGCACCCGACUUCAAAAUCCUGGCAGUCCCUAAUCUCUUUUGCUCCACUAGCCUUUGCACUAUGAUAAGUGCCUCGGCUACAGUCAACUUUCUCUUAACGGACACCUUUAUUGGCCAUUUUGAGAUUGUGUGAGAGGGAGUCGCUGUUAUUUCGAAUUGUACUAUGGGGCCGUUUUGGGAAUUUUGACCCCUUUUCCCGGGUAACGUUAUAACAGCCAAUUAAAGAAGUGAUGACGUCCCCAAAAUAGUCCCAAAUGCAAUUCGACACUUCAACGCCGUAGUCUCUCUUUCAACCUCUUAAUGGCCGAAACUUUGAGACUUACACACCCAAAAUUGCUUGUGACCGUCUUUUAUUCAUUUCUUUGACUCUCCAUAAGGCGGGCGCUCAGGGCGGAAAGUUAGUGCUGCUCUCACGGGUGUCCAUCUUAACGGGAAUUGUCUCUAGAGCGUUUUGCGUUGAUUUAUUUGUACUCAUUUGCUCUGUUUGUUUGUAUUUUUCUCAGGUGGCAAGUGGCGAGAACAAAGAAGCACUGACAGAAGUGUAUGACAAGUUGACUACCAUACUGGAAGCCACAGCAAUGAUGCUGAAGGGAGCAGACAAGGAAAGUAAGCCUCAAGGUGUUGAUGAUGGUUAUGACAGUGGCGUCAACAGUGAUAAUGAUACGGAGGUGGAUGCAGCCGUGAGGGGACCAAGUCAGAAUACAAGUACAAGUCAGGAGCGGCCUGGGACGGGUGCAGUAGGAGAUGUGGAUGCAGUCUCGAACAUCUCCGGGGUAUCCCAGAGGCAGAAGAAGGAGCAGCCUGAGGAGGACGCCACUAAAGAAAAUGCUCAUAACAAAAUGUUGUUAUUCCCUAGCCAGAUUCAAAAGAUAAGCAAUAUAAUUGCCAUGCUGGCUCACAAAAGGAGUUUAGUACAAAGGUUGAUUGAGCAUUCGCAUGAAUGGGAAGCCCUGAAGAAUCCCACUGACAGCUUUGAUUGGCAGUGUCAUGUGCGUUACCGCUGGGAGGAAGAACAGCAGGCCUUGAAAGUUGACAUUUUGGAUGCAGAGUUUAAUUAUGGGUUUGAGUAUCAGGGUAGCAGUUCCAGAUUGGUUCUGAGUCCGUUGACGGAUAAGUGCUUUGUGGGCCUUACACAAGCUGUCAAGAAUAAAAUGGUUGGAGUUUGUAGUGGAGACUUUGUAAGUAUGACGUAGUGUUAGCCAUUUACGACCAAUUUUGUUAGUAUUUGAAAAGAUGCAAGAAACCUUUUAGUCCCGUAGAAAAAAAAAUGCCUCAACACAUUUAACAUGAACUGAUCUGCCUACAGGCCCCCAAAUAAGAGCCACUCUGUAAAGCACAUUAAAACCUUCACCGUCAAGUAGCUUUAACAUAAAGGAUUCCGCCAUUAAGCAGUCCACUGCGUAUUUCGCGUCUUAUUUGUCCUAGUAAGUCUCUCCGUUAUGAGGAAAAGCUGUAUAGUACUCCGAAAUAAAUUACUCUUCCUCUUAGGGAAAUGGAAGAGCAGAAACAGUGAGUGAACUGGCUAGACUCCUUGGUAAUCCGCUGUAUUCAUUCAACUGUACCACAUCAAUGAACAGAUACACUUUAAUAGACAUCUUCAGAGGGCUUGCUAGUUCAGGUAGGUUUAAAAACCGCAGUGUACGAUUGACAUUUGAAUGGCGCAUAUUUUAGUUUACUAGGAUUCUGUACAAAAAUGCUCAUAUAAGACUUUAAAAAAGCAUACAUUUACUCUUAAACGUAGACUGAAUUAGCGGGGGGGGGGGGGGGACACAUAACAGGAAAUACCCUAAAAGAAUGUGCCGGGGGGUUUUUCCUAAAAAAAAAACUCUUUUGUUUUUUUUUACAAAAAUUUUGGGGAAAUUUUUUCCCCCACUAUUUUGAUGUUUAAUUUUUUUCUUUUUUUUUUUUUUAUAUAAAAUAUUAUUUUUGUGUGGGUUGUUAUUUAAAAAAGUUCCNGUCCCGAGUUUUCACGUAUUGUCGUCGAAUAAACGCCGAACAUAUUUUCCAAUCAUUGAGGGGAACGUUUAUUGGUAAUUUUUGCUUGCAACUGCUUUGGUUAAUCGAAAGUAACGUUCAUUCGAGGGCAGCGUUUAAUCGAGGAGAUACAGUAAACAGGUUUCGUUUGCAGGGACAAAAUGUUGUGACGGCACCCUGAAAUCUCGUGCAUUUAACAUGGCCAGUUAGGGACAGUGAUAAUAAUUCUCCGUUUUCUUACACUGAGACAGUGAUUUUUCCAUGUACAUGUCCAUGCUGUAAAUGAAUUUGUCACUGAUACACGUCUUUCUGAUGUGUUUAGCUACAGAACCUCUCGUGGUAAAUGGUUGUGUUUGAUCAGGGUUCAUUCUAUUUCUGCAUCGUUUUUUAGGUGCAUGGGUGUGUCUCAGCAACAUCUUGGCUAUUCAGCCUCCUGUUCUAUCCGUACUAACCCAACUAGUCACAGACGUCCUGGAUGGCUUACGAAGUAACAAGACCACUGUAAUUCUUCCCGACGAUGAAAUAACGUUAUCCCCCCAGGGCGCAUGCUUCGCAACACUGAACAGUUUACCUAACCAGAUCAACUCGAAGUAUGACCCUUCCGUUGGCUUCUUUCCUUCUUUCAAGUCGUCUGCCUCCUUCCUUCCUGCGGAGCUCUUAGCCAUGUUCCGUCCCGUUGAACUUGUAGGCCCUGACUUGCAGGCCAUUCUUCAGGUGUGGCUGUUGAGCCAGGGCUUCACUCAGGUUGCGUCUCUAGCGUCCAAGAUUGUGACCCUCAAGGGCCUGUGUCAGCAGCUACUUCCAAGCUCCUCUAAGCCUCUUUGCGCAGAGCUGUGUUCGUAUCUUCAGAAAUGCAUCGGCUGGGGUUCUUAUUCUCUUAAAAGGAUGAUUGACGACGCAGGUUCACAUUUAUGCACGAACUCAAACAAUGAAAUGGAACAAGUGACAUCUAUUAAGGGAGAAAACUUGGAUGGAGAAAGAGAGUCUCCUACAGAUGUGGUAGCUGCUGUGAACGCACCGCUUGAAGCUCUCAGCGAAGAUGGUAAGCAGAAAUAGGUAUCAAUUAUUCUUAGUUUAACAGCUGUGGUUUCCCUGUUUGUUGGCUUGACAUUGGCAGAUACACGAUAAAAUGGAGUCUCUGUGUCCUUUUGUGAACAGGAGAGAAAACAUAAACUUGUCACGCAGUGUGCAGCCCCUUGACUGUUAGAACAUUUAUACCUAGUAUGUAAGUGCUUUGCAAAUAAUAGAGAACACUUUCUUUUUGUCUUGUUUUGUUCUUAUUCUCUGGAGCCUCCGUAUUCUCUGCUGAAUACGGACUAUUCUCCUUAACAUUCUCGAAACUGUGCACAAAGUUGAACAAAAACUGAAAACAAGUUUUUCUGCAACAGUCGUUUAUCUUUGCUUUGUUAGAUCUCAGCUAAUGACCAAUCAUUGCUCGCUUAGUAUGCGGUGCAUUGCAUGAACUCUGGGGAAUCAAGGGUAACGAUCAAUUUUAAUGUUCGUAGUACAUUAGAGAACUACAAGACAUUGCGCAACAUUGUGAUACAUGACAUGUCAUUUCAUUGUCUUACAUUACAUUAGAGGCUUGAUUUUGGAUGCACUCGUGUCUGAUCUCUGUUCCUCCCAAACUGUACAUGACGGUCCUGCUAUUUUGUGUUUUUCUUUUCUCGUUUUUGUAAUCAAAUAUAUUUUGUUUAUUUAGAACCUGCUGUUCCUGCGGGCACUGAAGAGGACACUGGUCAACAAGACGAACAGGAAAUCCUUAAGGUUGAAGAGCACGCUGUAGUGCUGGCUUUAAGAGACACGUACAUGCCGGGAUUGGACAGUAGUGAUGCUGUUAUGUUUGCUACACUUUUAGCCGAUCUCUUUCCCAAUGUACAGGUCCCCAUGAUCUUUGACACGUUUGGAGCUGAGGGCAGCAAGAUGAGAAUGAACGAACAAGUGAGCAAUCUGGAGGAGAUCCCGGUGCUACCAAAGUCUCCUGGCGAUUGUGAAAGAGACAAUCUGGAAGGUAAAAAACACGUUGAUAAGACUAUCAUUUAUGGAAAUACCAAUUUUAAUAUAAAUCUGCCACUUUAUUACCAGUUUUCACAUGACGUCACGUCCGCCAUAUUGGUAGCUCAAAAUGAUAAAAAGGCAGCUGUAUCCGUAUCAAAAUCAAUCAUGCGGAACAUGAACUCUUAUUUAACAAAAACACUUUCUUUCCUUCAAAUUACUUUGCGUAGCUGCUAGCCAGGUGGCAGAAAACGCUUUAUUCGUGGAAGAGCAGUUAUUACUGAGAGUGGUUCAAUAGACAGAGAACAACUGGAGGCCAAUACAUGUAGACGGCUUAAUUGCAGUUGCAGUUUUUGGUCAGUUCUCUGCUGACGUCAUUACUUAGUACCUUUAGCCAGACACAAAAUGCUGCUGUAGAGAUAUGAAGUAGACAUCAAACAAAUUCCAUCAGGGAACACUAACCAUAAUAAUUUUGUGGUGAUUUUUGCAGGCAUAGAAAGUGGCCCAAUUGUUUCAAGUUUCAAUCCAAGUUCAUCCUUGCCAUCUUUUGCAACAGACGACAGGAACCACUUUCAAUGCCUAAAUAUUGUCUUGAAUAGCAAAACUGGGCCAUUAUUUUUUUGAAAUUCAAUUGAUGCAAAAAAAUGUUUUAAAAAGAAAGUAAAUAGCGUGGCAAAUGUUCUUUUACACCCCAUUUAACUGAAGAGAACACGAAGCAAAACAGGUUUGUCACGCUUAUAGGCUGGUUUCACAAGCGACGGAGUUGGAGUCAGGAUCUUCAGCUGAGUCAUAAGAGCGCUUAUGACUUAGUUAAAAUCAAAUAUCAGGGUCGUAAGAAGAGUAAUAAGCAGGACGGAAUCAGUCAGAAGAAUCAGAACGUUUCCAUUUUCUUCCGACUCCCCUUACGACUCCAGCACUUACGAUCUAGUGAAAACCAGAUUGUCAGAGUUAGAAGGGGAAGUGGAGGGAUAAACCACAAUGCUCGUUCCUAUGCUUGGUAAUAGGUUUAGUUCUUUUGUCUCAGCAUGCGACUCCAACAACCUAGUUUUCACUUGAUCGUAAUUAAUGAUUACAAAUAUGACUCCGUCGCUAGUGAAAACCACACAAACAUAGCAGUAGGCUUUCACUAAUUAUUCUUUGUUGUUAAACUAACUAUCCUUUGUUGUUAAAGUCUUGGAUGAUAUGCAGUCGGCCAUUAAAGUAGCUACGUGCAAACUUGGUUUACAGCCUGGUGCUGCGUUUCAAGCCAGAAUCGCUCAACUAGUGGAGCUUGUCAAGGCACAUAAACUGGUGAGGUUUAAGCUAAUGUUGUCUGUUGGAACAUUAAUGUAGGUUCUAAUCCCAGGGAGGGCUACUCAUCAAACUUCUAUACCUGCAGGUCCCACCCCUUACCUUUUUAAAGACUAUUUUUAACAGAAAGGUUACACCUUUUGUAUACCUUAAAUUGCAAAAUGGUUCCUGUUUUGCAUACCUAGUUAACACGUAAAUGCACCGUCUUUUAGUUUUUUUAACUGUAAAUAAUCCACUACUAAAUCUGUAAUAACCUGCACCAAAGUGGAUCAAACUGCACCAACUUGCACCAAAAUGCACCAAACAGCACCAAGUUGAACCAACUUGGACCAAACUGCACCAAGCUGCACCAACUUUCUUCCAAACUGCACCAAGUUGCACCAAAGUGUACGAUGUGCACCAAGCUACACCAAGUUGAACCAAAGUGCACCAAACUGCACUAACUUGCACCAAACCGCGCCAACUUAGACCAAACUACACCAAGGUUGACCAUAGAGCAGCAAACUGCACCAACCUGCACCACAAACCAUCAACUUGUUCGAUCUUGCACUAAAGUCCACCAACCUACACUUAAAUGCACAAAACUGCACCAACUUGCACCAAACUGCACCAACUUCCACUAAAGUGCACCAACUUGCACUAAACUGCACCAACUUCCGCCAAAGUGCACCAACUUGCACUAAACUGCACCAAGUUGCACCAACCUCCACCAAACUGCACCAUCUUGCACCAAAGUGUACCAACGUCCACCAAGUUGCACCAUCUUGCACCAAAAAGCACCAACUUACACCAAACUGCACCAAUUUGCAUUAAACUGCACCAAAGUGUACAAACGUACACCAAACUGCACCAACUUGCACCAUAGUGCACAAACUUCCACCAAGUUGGACCGGAGUGCACCAACUUACACCAUAGUGAAUCAACCUGCACCAAACUGCACUAACUUGUACCAAGUUCCACCAUCUUGCACUAACUUCCACCAAGUUGCACCAAAUUCCACCAAACUGCAACAACUUGUACAAAGAUGCACCAACUUGCACCACACUGCACCAACUUGUACCAAGUUGCACCAAACUGCACCAAGUUAAACCAACUUGCACCAAACUGCACCAACUUGUACCAAGUUGCACCAUCUUGCACCAAAGUGCACAAAGUUGCACCAAGUUGCACUAUCUCGCCCCAAAGUGCACCAAGUUACACCAAAGUGCACCAUCUUGCACCAAAAAGCACCAAGUUGCACCAAACUGCACCAAAUUGCACCCAACUGCACCAAGUUGUACCAUCUUGCACCAAAGUGCACCACCUUGCACAAAAAUGCACCAAACUGCACCACCUUGCACCAAAACGCACCAAGUUGCACCAAACUGCACCAACUUACACCAAGUUGCACCAUCUUGCAGCAAAGUGCACCAAGUUGCACCAUCUUGCACCAAAGUGCACCAAACUGCACCAAGUUGCACCAAACUGCACCAAGUUUCACCAAGUUGCACCAAAUUGCACCAAACUGCACCAACUUAAACCAAAUUGCAGCAAAGUGCACCAAGUUUCACCAAACUACACCAAGUUGCACCAACGUGCACCAUCUUGCAUCAAAGUGAACCAACUGGAACGAAACUGCACCAAGUUGCACCAUCUUGCACCAAAGUAAACCAAGUUGCGCCAACUUGCACCAAAGUGCUCCAACUAGCACCAAGUUGCACCAUCUUGCACCAAAGCGCUCUAAGUUGCACCAUCUUGCACCAAAGUGACCAAGUUGUACUAACUUGAAACAAAUUACACCAACUCGCACCAUCUUGCAACAAGGUGCAUCAAGAUGCGCCAACUUGCACCAAGUUUUACCAAAUUGCACCAUCUUGCAUCCAUCAAGUUGCACCAUCUUGCACCAAAGUGCACCAAGUUGCACCAAACUGCCUUAAGUUGCACCAAAUUGCACCAACUUUCACCAUCUUGCACCAACUUGCACCAAACUGCACCAUAGUGCACCAAAGUUCACCAACUUGCAUCAAGUUGCACCAUCUUAAACCAAAGUGAACCAACCUGCACCAAACUGCACCAAGUUGUACCAAAUUGCACCAAAGUGCAUCAAGUUGCACCAUCUUGCACCAAAGUGCACCAAGUUGCACCAAACUGCCUUACGUUGCACCAAAUUGCACCAACUUUCACCAUCUUGCACCAACUUGCACCAAACUGCAUCAUAGUGCACCAUAGUGCACCAACUUGGACCAAACUGCACCAAGUUGCAUCGUCUUGCACUAACGUGCACCAACCUGCACCAAGUUACACCAUCUUGCAUCAAAGUGCAUCAACUUGCACCAAUCUGCACCUAAUUCACCAUCCUUUAACAAACUGCACCAAAUUGCACCAAAGUGUACCAACUUGAACCAAACUGCACCAACGUGCACCAAGUUGCACCAUCUUGCACCAAAAAGCACCAACAUGCACCAUAGUGCGCCAAGUUGCAACAUCUUGCACCAAAUUGCACCAACAUGCACCACAGUGCACCAAGUUGCACCACCUUGCACCAAACUGCAUCUUCUUGCAUCAAAGAGCACCAGCGUGCACCAUCUUGCACCAAAGUGGACCAACUUGCACCAAACUGCACCAACAUGCACCAAGUUGCACUACCUUGCACCAAGCUUCACCAUCUUGCUCCAAACUGAACAACCUGCACCAAACUGCACCACCUUGCACCAAACUAAACCAAUUUGCUCCAACUUGCAGCAAAAUACACCAAUUUGCACCAACCUACUGCAAAUUUCUCCAAAGUGCACCAAAAUGCACCAAGUUGCAGAAAGGUACACCAAAUUGCACCAAACUGCACCAGGUUGAACCAAGGUGGUCCAACCUGCGUUAGUCUGCACCAAAUUGGACCAAAGUGUACUAGUGUUGACCGUAGAACACCAAACUGCUCCAAGUUGCACCAAAACUUCACCAAUUUGCACCAAGCUGGACCCGCCUGCAACAACUUGGACAACUAGCUUCCACCAAAGUGCACGAAGCUGCACCAACUUAACCCAUAGUGCAGCAAACCGCACCAACUUGCACCAAGUUGAACCAAAGUGCACCAACGUUGACCACAGAGCAAGAAACUGCACCAACCUGCGCCAAAACCUAGUAGCUUUCAUAACGGUGCACCAAACUGCAAAAACGUGUACCAAGCUGGAUCAACCUGUACCAAAUAGCGUCAAAUUGUGUGAAGCUGUACCAACCUUCACCAAGCUAUUCCAAACUGCACCAACCUUCACCAAACUGUACCAACCUGUACGAAACUGUUCCAUUCUGUACUAACCUGCACCAACCCGCACUAAACUUUACCGAUCUGCACCAAACUACACGAACUACGGCAUGAGACCAAUUUACACCUUUACACCAAACUACUCGAAACAGCAUCAACUGCACCAAUAUUCACCGAACUACAGUAGUUACAUCAAACUGCAUCAACUACACAUACUACGCCUACUACAACAAAUUACAACAACCAGACCAAACUACAUCCACUUUACCAAACUGCACCAAACGGCACCAACUACACAAAAUUGCACCAAAGUAAACCAAAUGGCACCAGCCAGACAGAACGUUACCAAACUACACCAAACUACGCUAAGCUUCACCAUUAACACCACAUUACACCAAACCAAUUACACUAGUCUAUAUCAACGAUAAUAAGUAGUUACUGGAAAUGAUUUUUUCUAUUUAUCACAGUUAUCAUGAGUCUUUUACCAGACGCUUUAUAAAUAGUGUGAUAGGUUGUUUGUUAGAAAUUUCCAACUGGUAAAUAUGAGUGUAUAAAAUUUGAUAAAUUUUGCGGUUGUGCUGUUGCCAUUACAACAGUAACUUGGUUUUAAGUUCAUAUAUGUUUCAAACCUGGUUUUAAAAUCGUCCUUGGGUCUCUUUCUUCAUAGAUAUUUCGAAAAGAGUUCACCCACAGUCUUCUGAUAAGUUCUGGUGGUGGAUUUUUAUCCGUCGUGUUUGGGAGAGAAUGUCCUCUAUGUCUUGUUAAAUAUUUGGAACAAGAUCCCUUGAUAUCCAAAUACGCUUUUCUUUUCCUCACUAAACAUCAAGUGAAAUAUCAACUUAGAGCAAAUAAGGCCCAACCAACAUUUUUUCUUGUGUUCACUGGAAGUUAAUGGCAUGCAGUGUCCAUUCCUGCGAAAUAUUUAGAGGAACGAUAAAUUCACCAGCCUUUUUUUCUUAGGUAUGUAUAAUUGGACCCAGUGGAUGUGGUAAAACCCAGUGCGUCAGAACCCUUGGUGCAGCACACAGAGAAAUGGGGCAUUUAGUAAAGACUGACACAGUGGGCACUGAGGCUGUAGAAUCGGAUGAGCUUUUGGGAUACGCGGACACUGAAACCAGGUUUGUGAUUGCGUACCCGUGUGAAAUAUGCUCACGGUGAGAUCCCAGAGUGAUCAAGACUUUCACAGAUAUCCUGUAUUGUUUCUCUCAUUGGCCUCAUUCCUGGGAGAAUACAGCACGUUUUCCAUUUACAAGGCCUUAUUGCGUGAAGUUGUUCUUGAUAACCAGGUGCCUCACGUUUGUCUGUCUCCACAACCGUAACACAGUGCAAGGAAAGCCAUUAGAGGAAGUCAAUGUUUUUAAGCACGCAGUUAGAAUACAUAUCUUCUUUUCGUUUUCCAGGGAAUGGCGUGAUGGUGUAUUGACUGUGUUACUACGAAGGCAGGCAAAGGAGCUACGACUUCAGGAGACAGCCAAUACUAAAACUAGUGGAAAACCUCUUAUGAAAUGGCUCCACCUAGAUGGCACGGUAAUAUCCUCUUUUUAAAAAAAAACAUCACACUUUCUUUGAGUGUCAAUGUAUAAUAUAGCACGAAAGUACUAAUUGGGGACACUAUUUUUACGUCUCCCACUGGAAACGGGACCUGUUGUUUUAUGUGGUCAUCGGAAUCACGCGAAGGUCUAUCCGUUUUGCAAGGCGUAUAUUUUUCAGUUAUUUUAAGACCUGAGUAUUGGCCCAGCCCCAGGAAUUAAACCCACAAACUCCCGCUCAGCAUUCAAACGCUCCACUGACUGAGCUAAUUUUAUCUUAUAGACACCGAUCCCCAAAUGGGCCUGUCUUGAACGUAAAAAUAUACACUUGAAAGAGAGAAUAAAGUGAUUAAAAACCUUCGUUAGAACGACCCUCACUUCUCCUCAAAGGCCAGCAAGGGCGAGAAUGGGACGAAGGGUUUCCUCUCUCCCUUUUUUUCUUGCUUCAAAUUUUCCACCUCUGCCUUAUGCCUUAGGUCGGGCGAGUAAGUGCGAGUAAGACCUGUGGGGAGGCCAUCAACAAAGAUAUGUUUAGUUGCAGUUGUACCACCUGUAAUCAGGUCACUCCACUUAAGCCUUCGCAAUGUAACUUUUUUUUCCUCCACUAGUUUUCGUCAAUGGAAAUGUAUGAAAUGACUCGUAUUUUGAACGGUGGAUAAAGAUAUGAAAGUGGAAAUGACCCUCGCAGUUCAAUAAACAACCUAAACGGUUGAAAAAAAAAACUGAAAAAAUUCAGGCUUGACCAGAAAUCGAACCCUGAUUUUUGUGAUGACCGGACGCGAUGCUCUGUCCAUUACGCUACUCAAGCAGGCCAACCGCCUAGGUUGUUUAAUCAUCUCGUGGAUCAUUUCCACUUUCACACUAGUUUUCUUGUUGGGCCUUUUCGUUCACUACAUUUUCAUUUGAGACUAUUUCUGAAGAUAAUUUGGGUAUGAAAUAACAUGAAUUUUUGUCUAUUUCGGCGUACGUUGUGCUUAAGUGUCCGUCAAAACAGUUAACUUCAUGUCAUGUUUUGCAUGGUAAUCCUGCCGAGACGUUAAACAUUUUUUCCAUGUAAUGUUUCUCACUAGACAGACACACCAGCUAAAAUGUGUUAACUACUACCUUAACCUGACAUUGAAUCUCUUUCCAGAUUGAUCCAUUGCAAAUGGAGGUGUUUGGCUCUAUUGUGCAGAACAGUGGUUAGUGUCACGCAUAUGGUAUUAAUGUUACACGGAGGUGGUAGUGUAAGGGUAAUAACACUGAAGUAUUCGAGGGCGCUCACAGCUAAAGUUUACAAACUACAAGAUCAUGACUAGUGCAAGUAAUCGUAAAAAUCCUCUCCCUUGGUCGUACUAUGUCUGUGUGUCGUUACUAAGUGUGUUCUGUUCACCAUAGGCAUUUGUAGCCGAUCAUUGUUUUACCUUGUUUUUUUAAGUAGAAAUCUCUAAUGCAGAGUAGUUAUCAAAGUGGGCGAUCGGAAAAAUGUGGUGUUUGCAUUUUUUAAGUGCUAAUAAAAAGCUCUGACAAUUCCUUCAACGUACGUUUGUUAUCACAGGAACUGUGGUGCUUGCCAACAGUGAAAGGAUCAAAAUACCUGAUGCGUUGCUUAUCGUGUGGGAGGUAAGAAAGACAGCUUAUCUCGUAGAAAGAAGAGUACCAUUCACUUACGUAGAGGUUUUGCAAUGCAAGGGCAAAUAUUUCAUCGAAGAAUGAGAAUUCAUUCAUCAUACAUUAUUAUUUUUUUCAUGAAGCCAAGACGAAUGAACACUUGUUGUUGGGGCUUAAAUUGGCAGCGAUUGGGCGACAAGGCCAUGGCUAAUUAAUUUUCUCUCGAAAUUAUUUAUAAUUUACAAUGUAAACUAAUGCUAGCUACGUAAACUACCUCAGAAAUCGUAGCAUCAAACGCGGGUGUAUAGCCUUGAAGUUUCUGGAUGCUUCACUGAGGGCGUCUACCCUAAUCUUAAAAAGGUCCUCCAUGUCAAAGUUUUUAAUGCAUCUGUCUCGAAGAUUUUUGAUCAGAGCCUUGACUGCUUGUUUGCUUCCUGUUUAAGCUGGAAACUUUGGAAAAUCUCAGUCCAGCAGUACUCUCAUCAGUGGGCAUACUCUGCAUGAACUCUUCUGAUGUCAACUGGCCUCUCCUUGUGGACCGCUGGCUCUCCAAACGGCCAGAGCGCGAGGUAGAAGUGUUGCGAGAACUGUGUGAUCGAUAUAUUGGCCCAACAUUGGAGUAUCUAGCGUCCAAGAAAUCGGUUCCACCCAUUUCAGGAGCACCUCCAACACAGAACAAACCUUCACAGCUGCGUCACGUGGUACCAGUUACCGAGAUGGGCAUGGUGAACACCCUGUUAACGUUAGUCGAAGUAAGCCCCGUUUUGUCCUUUUACACAUAA